AUGGCUGUUUUUCAUCUCCGUUCAAUCAGUUUGCCCUCUAGAUCUCAUCCUCUAACUGUAAGCAUCGAAGAGCAGCUGUACAAGUUGAAGACAUCACAGUCCUCAUCCAUAGGCCACAAAUUGGCUGUUCUGAAAGAAUUGUAUGAUUGCAUUGAUGAUUGUCUUCAACUGCCAUUUACCCAACAAACUUUCUGCCAUGAGAGGCAAAACCAAUCUGUAGACGAGGCACUGAAUGUAUUUUUAGGAUUGUUGGAUGUGUGCAGCACCACGAGAUUUUUUGUCACAGAUGAGGGCAUGUGUACAGGAAAAAGAUUGACUAAAGCGGUCUGCAAGUAUCUAAGAAAUUUGAAGAGACGGGAGAAGAACUGCAGAACAGCAAGCUUGGAAGACAACUUCGGUUUGGUUGACAUGAUUAACAUGCUAAAAGGUGCCGAGGAAAUUAGUCUUGCUGUGUUCGAGUCCAUCUUAUCAUUCAUUUCCCAGACAAAGGGAAAAACAAAGCUCUGUGGCUGGUCUAUUGUCCCAAAAUUAUUGCAAACCAAGAAUGGGGAAGUUGAAGCCAAUGAAGCGGAGAGGAUUGAUGGUGCAUCGCUGGUCUUGAAGUCAAGCAAAGACAUCGAUCAGGCAGAAAAUGUUUUGAAAGAAUUGAAGGCACUGGAGUCUAGUCUUCAAGAAGCAGGGGAGGAAUUAGCCAAUGUUUAUAGAAGAUUGGUGAAAACCAGAAUCACCCUUCUCAAUAUUCUGAUUCAUUAG